GCCAAAAGUCCCUGCGAAUCCGUCGAAAGCUGCCAUACCUGCCCAUGGAUCAGGAGGCUGCGCCGCUCCCCGUCGCCAGAAAACGCGACAAACACAAACUGCUCGGCAAAAGGGGCCACGGCGGCCUGUACCGCCAGACGUCGCUGGACAGCGCGGACCUGCGGGAGCCCACCUCGCUCAACAGCCUGGCCAUGGCGCGGCCGAGCACCAGCAUGACGAACCUGGCCGCCGCCGCCAAGACGCCGCUGCCGGAGCUGCCGGCCCGACCCGGCUCGGCGCUGGGCAUCAUGAGCGAGACCAGUCGGCUGGCGUCGCUGGAGGCGGCCCGGGAGAACCUGAACGCCAGCAUCGCGUCCGUGCUGCCGCCCGACCUGCAGCACCUGGUCUACAGUCGGCCCGGAGUCUCGUCCUCCUUCUCCGAGACGUUCGCCAACCAGCUGACGUACGCAAACAGCCUGAAGAACGAACUGCGGACCGCCUCCGACGACAAGCGCCGCCUCCUGGAGGCCGAGCUGUCGGCGCUGAAUGAGGAGCGUCGGCGCACACUGCGCCAGACCAACCUGUCGCCGGCCACCCGCCAGAGGAUUGAGCAGCGGAUGGGUCUGACGUCCUUCAGCCCGACGCUGCGCCGGCGCCGGUUCCCCGUCGGUCGCCGUCACCUCAGCGAUCCAAAGCUGUUCAGCGCCAACGUCUCUCCAAUCAGGGACGACGAGGAUAUGCUCAUGAGCUACGGCGGUGUGCUGGGCUCACGGCUCAAGUCGCUCGAGUACGAGAGUCUGGACGGCGGUCGUCUGGACCGGAGCGGCGCCGGCGGCUGGGGUGACCCGUCCCAGCCGUACAUCGGCUCGUACCCGUACGGCGGCGGUCUGCGCGAUACGGCUAUCAGCGCCUACCUGGGCGGCGAGGACGGUCUGGAGCGGCGGCUGGCCGGCGCCGGCGCCAGGUCGCUGCAGCGUCGGCUCAGUGACGGCGGCCUGCAGCCGUCCGAUCUGUCGCGCGGCUACCCCGGCGGCGACUCCAGUCCGCGCCACCGGCUGUCGCGGCGCGCGCGCAAGCCCCGCUCGUGGCACCCGUCGCCGUACGGCAGCGAUGACGAGGACGAGCUGAUUGGCCGCGACGAGCGGCGCCACAAGAUCAAACAGGAGAUCUCGCGGCGCCGUCACCACAUCGAGGAGAACUCGAGCCUGCACGACGAGCUGCUGCGGCUGGCGCGGCUGCGGGAGAGCGCCGAGCUGAGCCUGAGCGACCGCUCCGAGCCGGCCGGCGCGCCGGGACGACCCUCCGGCGGACACUCGGUGCUCAAAUCCAUUGACGAGAUCAUGCGCGACGAGGGCUACGGUCGGCGUGUGCCCGACCCGGGCCUGAGCUACUACAGCUCACCGCCGGCGCGCCGGCCCGACCUGGACGGCCGCGUGGGCCGCAAGUUCUCCAGCUCCGACGAGGAGCGCAGCAUGAACCGUCUGGCAGCUACCUUCAACGCAAACGAACUGUACUAUGACCCCAUGCCCGAGUAUUCGUCUUACAGCAAACAGAGAGUGGACGCGACGGGCGCACUUGGCAUGGACUCUGCGGCCCGGUCGCGUCACACACAAAGAGCCGAUGAUCCCAGCGCGCGCAAAUUAUACAAAGGCAAGUAUGACCGGAGGUGGCAUUGAUGUAUCUAGUGUUGUGCGAGCAACGCUGUUUGGAAUGGUUGUUGGACCUCCACCCUCUCUAUCCUCGUCAGUCUUGAGCAUUGGAGUUCGGUGUGAUAUGGUUUCUCUCUCACCGCUUAGCUUGUCUAGUGGCCUGGCCUGUGUAUCCAACGCUUCAGGUGUUUUUUGGCUUCAUUUGUUGUCGUGCCAUACCUUUUUGAGGGCGGCCACACUGCUCGCGGCCUGUCCGUCACCCGCGCCUGCUUCUUUGUCACACGCCGUAACCGCAGCGUGCAACUGCUCUGUGAAUGGCUGGCUUCACUCUGCAGCACCCGGCCCGCGAGCGGAUGGGACUCGACUCGGCCGAAUGUGACCCUAUACCCACACGUCGGUUUGGUUUGUGCCUUACAAGGGCUCCAGAUUUGUACAGUAUUGUAUGGUGAUUGGUUUUGUGGCAUUCCUGUCAUAUCAUGAACGAAAAGCAAGGAAGCACAAAUCGCUGCCACUGAGCCGCACGCUUUUGCUUGUGUUG